AUGUCCCUCGCAUCCUCCGGGCGUCUCUCGGCGCGAGGGGCGAGAGCCGGAUGGCCGCUACGGAGCUUCGGGGCUCGAGGGCCUCUCCCAGUCCCCCCCCCUGAGGCAGCGGGGCUUGCGGGUUCCCCUCCGCCGCCUUCUUCGUUGCAUGCCGCCCUCUCGUCGGCGUCGGCCGUCACGGCUCCGCAUGCAGACGGAUAUGGCGCCCUCUCGUUCCCGGCGUCCGUCGCCUCUGCAGGCUCGCAACAUUUCGCCACCGCCUGCGCUGCAGACUCCUCUGGUUCCCCCUUUCCCGUCUCAGGCCCGGUUGCCAGCGCACCCCACAGUCCCAGCAGGAGAAGCAUCUCGUGUGUUGCGUCUCCCGCGUGCUCGCCUCAGGUCUUUCCCUGCGCGCCGGAGGCGCUGCUGGGCGCCUGCGUGCCCCUCCCUCCAGCCGCCACUCGCGGGAAGGUGAACGUGUCGCGCUCGGCCGCGUCCUCUGCGUCUCCUGCGGCGCUGCCGCCCUUCUGUGUAACGGUUGCAGCCGUGUCGCCUCUGGUGCACACGUCGUCGGCGUGUCUGGUUCCGUUUGUCCCCUCCGCGUCUCCCGCGACGCGGGUCCCGUCGGGCCUCGAGGUGUCCACUCCAGGCGACGAUAGCAGUUCAGGCCGCACAUCCUUCGAGUCUUCGCCGCCGUCGUCUGCUUCGCUUUUGUCGGGAGGGACUCGGCGGGCCCUCGGCGGGGGGUCUCCGCCGCAGUCCGCGGCGGCAGGCGCCGCGGUCGCCACGGCGGACGGGUGUCUUUCGCGGGAGCAAGUCGCCGCCUGUCUCUCGCUGUCUUCCUCCUUUGUCUACGCAGCGGCCUACCACGACUGUGCGCAGCUUCGCUGUCCGUACAGCUGCAUCUACAGCCACCUGAGCAACGAAGUCUUUCUUCUGCACGUCCCAGCGCUUCUCUUUGUCCAGCAGUGCGCGCGCCCGUCUCCGCCCUCGCCUGGCGCGAGGCUGGACAGAGGCCAGGCGCGUGCGGACUCCAGCGGCUCGCUGCUCCGCUUGUGUUCGCUCUCUUCGUUUUCUUCCUCCCCCUCUGCGCCUCCGGCGCCGCGCCAGUACGUCGAGAGGGGGCGGCGCUUCAAGACGCGCGUGUUGGCUGACGGCAGCGUUGGCAGCUUUCCACCCGAGUGCGCGACUGCGGCGUGGGGCCCGCAGGGCGAGUUUGCCCAGGGAGACGAGGGGAGGCUGGCGUUUUCUCCGAGCCGCGAGGUCCCGCGGCGGAGACGAUCCUACGUGCGGCAACUCAGCUGCUACUCGCUCUCGCGGGAGGGGUGCGCGCCGCCGCCUCUCGGCGACCGAGGCGGCUCGCCGUGGCCCCUCGCGCCGUGCUACUUGGGCGACUCUCGAGGUUGGGCGCUCUCGGCGGAGGAGCUCCUCCAAGCCGACGAGGAUGGACGCAGCUCGCACUCGCUGCCCUCCUCUCUGCUGGAAGCGGGCGCAGGCCCGCGUGCGCUUCCGCGGGCGCUGACCGCCCAGAGCUCCCCGCUGGGCGACACUUUCCUCUCGGCGGAAUCCGCAGCGGCUGCGCCGCCGGCGCCUUCCCUCCUGCUGUCGCUUCUCGCUGAGGUUCUGCCGGCCCCGUUUCCUUCGCUCUGGCCGCCGCUGGUGCUCCUCCUGCAGAAGCUCGAGGGCAGCGACGAGCUGGAGAGCGGAGGCGGAGAGAGUCGGAAAGACCCGCGGCGGCGCACCCCCAAGCGCGUCUCGCCCCCGGGGACUCCUCGCGGGCAUCUUUCCGCGGACCCCGACGCUUCGCAAGUCGCGCUUCGCGAGCCCCCGACGGCGGGGGCCGCUGGCGCUCUCUCGCGGGGGGCGGCGUCGGUGUCCGCUUCGGCUGCCUCGGGCGUCUUGAUCCUGGGGCACGCCUACGCGAUGAGUGUCUGCGCGCACUUGGGCGCCGUGCGCAGCGUCCAGCUUCACUCAGCGACCGCCUGCACGGCUCUGCUGCUUUUCGCCCAAGUCGAAGGCUGGGGGGUUCACGUCUGGAGAGAGAGAGAGCCUUGCUCAGGGUCUAUGGAGCUCGCUGUGCGCAUCGAGCUGCCGCUGCCUUCGCCCGCGGCCGCGCCACUCUCGCGCGCGGGCGGCGAGGCGCCUGAGGACGGUGAGCUGUGGAGCGGCGACGACUGCCACAAGAGAAGGCGCAAAAUUGGGCGCCGACGGCCAGAUGGAGCUGCAGACGCAGAGGAAGGAGAGGGAGACCUGCGGGGGUCUCCGCAGAGAAGAGAGAGGGAAAAAAUAUGCAAGGAACAGGGGACAACUUGGCCCUCUUCGCGCGACGAUCGGCGCGUGGCGAGAGUCGCGGUGCUCGAGCUCGAUGAACGCACACAGGGCCUCGGAGGCAGCGGCCUCUCGUCACUGGACUUUGGCCUCACGGACUCCUCUCCCUUCGCCGCGAUCCCGCGCCAGCACAUUCUCUUCUUAUACCUCGCCGCCGAGCCUCGCCUCGAGAGCGACGUCUCGUUCUUCUUCCCCUGCGCGGGCGCCAGAAGAAGCCCUGCGGACGACGGAGAAGGCGACGACGACGUCGAAGGAGGGGACUUCGAGGCCGCAGACGUGGGAGAGGGCAGGAAGCGAUGUCGAGGCCGAGACGCCGGAAGAAAGAAGGAAGGCUUCCGCUUCAUUGGCGCGUUCAUGGUCGACGGCCUCGCUCGCGGCGCCGUAGGGCGCCCAGUCGUCCAGCGCGUCGCAGGGCCCGCCCAGGUGCCACUCGAUGCAACCGGUCUCGACAUCGUGGAGAUCGAGAAGGCGGAGUUGUGCGAAAUCUCUCUGAUGACUUCCUUCCUCACGGUCUCGUCUUCGUCUUCGUGCCCUCCGGUCGCCUCGGGGGUCGUCGUGGGGGCGCCGGUUCGCGGCGGACUGCCGCUGAGCGGACUCAGCAGCUCGAUUCCUCCGCUCAUCGGGUCUUGCCAGCAGCCGGGCCUGUCUACGCACAGGCCUGCGUCCUCGGCGACCGCCUCUGCGUCUGCCGCAGUGGCCGCGGUCGGCGGAAACCUCGCGUGGGGGGAGCUCACUGGGCUUCUCGCCUCGGCGAUUCCUCCGUGCCGGCUCACCGUUCGCACGGGCGCUAGGGAUCAAGCCGUGCUUCUCGUCUCGCCUCUCUUUCUGUGCUGCGCGCCCGAGGCCUCUCCCGCGUCGAGGGAACGUGCGCUGCCCAGGGCAGCAGACCGGGCGGCGGGGCUGUCCGGAGACGAGCCCGACCGGCCGCAGCUACCCCGGUGUUCGCCCUCUGCGGGUGCGGCAGGCUGGGCCGCGUGCUCCCCACAGGCAUCUCCCCCUGUGGGGCCUGCGCUGCACUACUCGCUUCGCUGUCUCUCCUCGGUUUCGCGGACGUUCCUUCCCGCUUCGCUGGCCUCCCGCGCGUCGCUCGCCUCGCUCUGGCCGCCGUUCAUGCAUGCAGGGCUGCUGCGGCCGCUCAGCUCGCUCGCGUCCUCGGUGACGCCGUCUGCGCUUUGUCUCUUGCCUCUUCAACAGAAUCUUUCGAAAGCCAGCUCGACUGUCUCUGCACUUCCUGCUCCAAAACAGUCCCUCGCGCUUCCGCCGUCGUCUGGCCUGCCGCUCAGCUCGUCUUCGCCUUGUCUCCUGGCCGCUGCUGCUGGGGACGAGGAGGGGGCCUCCGCAGGCCCGUCACCUCGUGGAGGGCCCGCGCCUGCAGCUCAGCCUCUGGGCCUCCGGUCGCCGUCGCUCUCGAGAGGAAACGCGGCGUCGGCUUUCUCUCUGUCUCCGCCCUCUCGCCUUUUGUCGCCUGGGGCUGCCUCCGUGCCGGAUGCGGCCUCAGUCACCACGGAAGGUUCCGGGGCUUGUCUCCAAGACCUGGGGCGAAGCCCAGCGGCGCCUACGGGCAAGAGGCCGCCCUCGGCUUCGGUCUCAUCCUCGCCUUCGGGUCCGCGCGCCCCUCCGUCUUUUCUGUCGCUGGAGGUUCUUCCAGAGUUCAACGUGGCUGCGGGCCUCGUGGCCCCACCGGCGUGGGCAUCGGGGCCUUCCGGCGAAGAGCCCAGGGGUGUCGUCUUUCUGUGGCACUACAGCGACAUGCUCGCGGGGAGUCCUCCAGUUUGCUGCCUGCAGUCUCUGACAGUCCCGUCUGGUGACCCAGGAGACGGCUUUGCCGCAGGGGACAGGCGCUCGCGAAACAAGGCGGCGGCCCUGAAGCAGAGAUACAGGCGUCUCCCCCUGAUGAGCGCGGUUUACUGGCUGCCUGCGUCGUCGCUUUCGCUGUUCCAGCGUGCGUGUCGCGACUCGAGUGCAGAGAGAUUGUCCCCAGAAGGGGGCGGCGAAGAGGCCACCGCGGACGUUCCCCUGCGAUUCUUCGGCAGAGGCGGAGAGGAGGCGCCGCUGCGGAACUCGGGGAUCGGCGAGGAAGGAGGAAGCCGAAGAGGAGGGGCGCUCGACAUGAUUGGGGGGCAGCUUCCCGUUCUCGUCUGCGUUGCCGCCGAAGAGCUGCGCGAUAACCGGGGAACGAAGCGGGCGAAGAGCGGAGGUCGACGGCCCUGUCUGUACGUGUUUGAAGUCGAUCUCCUUCACUCGCUUUUUGGGAUUCGGCCCGUCUCGCUCUCUUUCUCUCUCGCCCCUGGGUCCCUCCCUUGGCCGAUUUCGCAAGUCUUGCCGGUCUCCUCUUCGCGUCUGGACCUGUCUCCUCUUCCGUCGGGCGGCUCCGACCCUCCGAAGAGCCGCAUCCGGUUCUCCGCACGAGUCGUGGCCUCGCAGGCGCUCGAGCUCUCGGCGAGCUUCCUCUCCCACUCGCUGAGGUCUCACAUGCUGCUUGUCCUUCUAGUGGAGGAACGCAGCGAGGCAGUCGCGCGCGCCUCCAGCGGCUGCGUCCAGACAGACUUUGUCUCUCAAAGAGGGGACAGCGCAUGCGAGCCCGCCUCGCGCUCGAGGUCAGCGGAUCGCGGAGGGCCUCAAGACGCCGAGCAGGCCUUAGUGCCGAAGCGGACCUCCUCUGCUUCAUCUCUCGUUUCGCGUCUCCUCCCUGCUUCGUACUCUCUGCUAGUCUACGCAAUCGGCACGCCGCGAUCCGCAGCGGGUGGCUCGCGGCCUCCCACGGCCCGGCCAGAAGGAGGCUGCGCCGCGUCGGGCGGUGUGACGUCAGAAGAAGUCGAAGCAGGUUCUGGAUGUUCAAAGGCCGACGCGUUUGUGGGCCUGAGAAGUGCAGGGUGUCUCAGCUUCGAGCUGCUGGGUCGUUGGUCAGCCGCCGGCUGCGCUGACAUGCGGGCGGCCUUCGGCGGCUACGCCUCCGGGAAGCCUGUCUUCAGCGCAUGCGUCCUCUCCUCGUCAACGCUUCUCCUCGCCUCUCCGCUCUUCUUCCACGCGGCGGCUUCGGCGGGGACUAUGCAUUCGCAAAGUGCGUUGCUUUCUUCAGCCCCGAGUCAAAUGCCUUCUUCAGGCGCGCUUCUUGCGGGAGCGGCGGCCGCACACGGCCGGCAUACGGCGGGAGCCAGUAUCGAGCCCGAGGCGAGCGGCAAGACGGACGCGGGAGAGAAGUGCUUCCUGUUCCUUCUUCAACUUCCCAAGCCCCCCUCUGCGAGCCAGGGGCGACUGCGUGAGGCGGCGCGUGGAGGCCUAGCGCCCAGUGUUCUCUCCCGCGGCGAUGAGGAGGAUACAGAGACUCCUUUUUCUCUCCAUGCGCUCUCCCGCCUCUCCCUCUUCGCGGUGGCGGCGCUUCCGCGCGACCGGCGAGUGACGGCUGUGGCGCUCGCGCCCGACUCCCUCGCGGUAGGGACGAGUUUCAAGCAGGUGGCUAACGGUGGCGGAGGGGGAGAGAGGCCCGCGACUGCGCCGCAGACUCGGGUGCCCGUGGCCUUCGUGUUCGGGCUCAGAGGGCUCCCCCUCGUGGUCCCUGUCUCCUUGGAGACGGCCGGAAGCGGCCAGAGUGUCGCUUCCACGCCGCUCGCGCAGGACUCAAUCGGCGCGGAGAGUCGCACGACGCUUGCAGCAAUGCGCGCGGCCGUGGCUCACGCGUCGCAGUUGCAGCCUGAGGCCGCGUUGCCGCUUCUGGGGUUUGCCAGAGAGGUCCUGCACAAGGACCAGUCCGGCGCAGGGGACCGAGCAGCUGGCAGCGGCACCACUUCUUCUCUCUCGGCGUCUUCGGCGCCGCGCAAAUGCAAGUCUUUCCUCCACCAGAGUGUCCGCACCACCAGGGGGGCAGCGGGCCCCCGCGCCGGGCUCUCCUCGGCGUUUGGAAGGCUAAGCAGCCGGAGGUGGAGGACGCAGAUACAGACACUCGCGUCGCACGCGGACGCAGGCGAGGAGCAGCAACAUGACGAGCUCGCGAAAGGGCCCAACGGAGACCAGAUGGAGACAGGGGCAGCGGGGCGUCCCUCUGGAGCCGUGUCGGCGGUUCAGGAGGGCGCAGGCUGCGCGCUGCCUUGCUCGCUUCACCAAGUCGUGCGUCUGGCUUUCUGCCGCCUCCCUGGCGCCGCGCUGGGGCUUCUCGCGAAGACGGCUAGCCCGCAGGCGGCGCAGGGGCGCGGCGCCCAGCAACAGGGCACUGGAGAGGGGUUUAUGUAUCUCUUCGUCUGUGUCUCUGCGGCACAGCUGCGGCGAGCGAGCGGCUUCGGAACAGGGGCCUGCAGCUCAGCUGCGCAGCGCAUGCCACCCGUCUGGCUGCGACUGCUGCCUCUCCCGCCGGAGGACUGUCUGCCUCCAGAGGCGCAACACCAGGCCUUCUACGGACAUCCGCUCGUCUCAGGCCUGCGAGAUGCAUGGUGGAGCUCCGAGCCGGGCUCUCUCCUGGCCUUUCUUGCGCUGCCGCCCUCUGCGCCGGGGGCUGCCGACCUCGCCGCAGGCCCGGACGGCUUCGGGAGCGUCGCCCCGUGGGGCGAGGACGCAGGAGACACUUCGGGCGCAGCGGCGGGCUCCGCGCCCGACCCUCUGCCGCACCACGCGCCCGGGGCGCUGUGCAGCCUCGCGUCGAGCCCUGCGGCGGCGGCAGGCGCGGCUGCGUGCUCGUGGGACCUGCGUCUCUGCGUGGAGGCCGACGCUGCAAGGCGACGAGAGAGGAACGCAUCCGUCAGUUCGGCGGACGCUUCGCUUUCGUUUCAAGUGCUUGGGACUAUCCAGCGUUUCUCGCUGCAUUCGCUUUUGUGUUUCCUUCUCCCCAUCGGCGCACGUCCGUGGGCGCCGCUUUCAGGCGCGCCCUCCGCCUGCCUUCCGCAUGCGAAGGCACAUGAGAGGCUUCACCCGCCGACCGCGUCGGGCCUCGUUAACCCCACGAACACAGCCGCGGCAACGGUGGCCUCCGUGGCUUCGCCGGCCGCCGCCGCACGCGCGGCCGCAGCCGCGCUUGCCAGACAGCGUGAGCAUGAGGAGGCGGAGCUUCGCUUGCUGCAGCUUGUCUCGCCUCCCCUUCUUCUCCUCUAUCAUCCCGCAGUGUUGGAUGCGCUCUUCUCUAGCGGCCUGGUGGGCACCGUGAAGUGGAUUCUGGGGACUCUGCUGCGGUGCCUGCGAGCAGCCGGCGUGGCGCGCGCUCGGGAGAGUCUUCAGAGGAAAAAGGACGGCCGUGCGGCGGAGAACGCAUCUGCGGGCUCCGAGACGACUAUUCUUCUGGGGGGCUUCAUGUGGGAGAGCAGCUCGAAGGGGCCCGGCGGCGGCGAGGUGUCCGCGGAAUGCCCGUGGGACGCUUCGCCGCCUGACGAGGCCGACGCUGGACAGACGCCGGGGGGGGCGGGCGCUGCGACCUCGGAGGCCCUAGAGGGCGCGGAGGCCGCCUGCUGCUGCUGCGGAGACCGAGGCGACACGGAGCUCUGCAGUUGCUGCUGCGUCCUCCAAACGCUUCUUGACACCUCCAUGAUGUGUUUAUCUGGCAUCUUUCUCCAACUGGCCGCCGAGGAGCAUGAGCUCCUCGCUGCGCGCCGCCGAGGCGAUUCAGGGAAAGGAGGCUCGGAGGUCCGUUCCACUGGGUUCUCGUCUCGCGGGGCUCCAGACCAGGCGGCUGACUGCGCGCUGGGGGUCGGGUCCCCCGUGACAGGUCGGGGGCACGGCGCUGGCAGGUUGUCGGGCGCGGCGGAGACGCACGGGCCUGAAAAGCGGCGAGAGGCUUUUUAUGCGGCGCUGCUGAGGAGAUGUGGGGUUGCAGGCCGCGGGCUUGUGGGGGGGAUGGAGAACGUGCAAGACGAUCCGCCCAGGGACGCAGAUGCAGUUCCGGGAUUCACGAGUGAAGGCGGCUUUCGAGGCAGUGAUGUUCUCUCAGGGCUCGGCUCUGUGCGACAGCAGUCACCGUUUGAGUUCGGCGGCUUGUCCUCGGGGGCCGCAGCCAGGAAGGAGGGAGGCCGCGCCGAGGAUCUGUUUGGAUCCUCAUCGUCUGUCCUCGAAGACGACGAUCCAUUCGACGUGUCUGACCUUCUCGGUUUGGGGGGAGGAAAGAAGAAAAAGGAGGAGGCCAUGAGUCUCUUUUCGGCACCACGAGACUAUGUCACUUCCGCGCUCCAGCACCAGUCCCAGCGAAGUCAGGGCGGCGCCUCCGCCGCGCCUUCUUCUGUUUCGCCGUGCCACCUGUCUGAAACUUCUCUUGACCCCGUGGUAGUGGCCCUGUCUCCAGCCGACUACGACCUUCUUCUCCUGCUUCUUGGGGUGGGGGUCCCGGGUCUCCGCCUCACGGGCCCCGAGAGGAGACACCUGUGGGGUUUCGUCGCCGCGCUGCGAAGCCUGGAGGGCGGCCAGCUCGAGCGAGGCGAGACGCCGGUCAACAGUCUCCUCACGGACUUCCCGGCUGUGGCAGCCGCGGCCUUCGAAGCGGCGGGCGCUGCCGCGGAAGCUCUUGCUGGCGGGGUCGCGAAGUCAGAGGCGCGUCCGCUAGCAGACAGGGAGGGCGCCAGAGGCUUCGUAGCUCAAGGUUUCGGCUGUCGCUCUCUCGAGGAUCGGUCAACACCGCGUACAGCCGUGACGCAGGACUUGGCCCCAGCCAGAGGACACGACGAGGUGCCGGAGAGAGAGAACGGACCCCUCACGCCAGGAGACGAGGAGGCGCGUGAGGGCGAACUGGCAGCGGCGCGCGUCGCCGCAGACAAACUUCGCGGGCGGACGUUGAGGGCUUCAACCGCGGCCAGCCAAGGUGGCAAGCGACGCAAGGGCGGGAAGCUCGACAAGGAGGCGUGCCUCGCGCGCGCGAGGAUGGGGCUGCUGCAGGUGGCGGUCAGUGAAGAGGCGGCCGUGGAGGUAGCCGAGCAGCAGAGCGCCGCGCACCAGCCUCUGCGGGCGAAGUUGGCGAUGGCUGCCUCUUUGUUCACCGCUCCGGAGAAGCCCUCGCCCGUCUCCGCGCCUGAAAAGGGCUCCUCUCCGUCCUCUCUGCUCCUGAGCAGCGAGGACCUCUGCUGGUGCCUCCAAGCAGACGGAGAAGGGGCGAUGCUGGCGGAGGCAGUCGCCAGCGCGCGAAAGAGCGCACGGGGCAAGCUGCUCUGGCCUCACAUCAAGAAGCGCGGCGUGGGCUUUUGGCUGCGGAGUACGACCCAGGUACGAGCGCUGGGCGACUGGCUGCUCAAGGACGCGACGGUGCUCGCGGCGGCGGAGACAGCGGCCCAACAGGGCGCCUUUGGAGCCCCACACGCCGGUGGCGACGGAGACAAAGAGACACCCGCUUUGGCUUCGCUCUCGUCGUACGCCUCGUCUGCCUCAGUCCAGAUGCCCAGCAGCGACUCAUCUUCUGCGGCCGUGAAUCCUUUCCACCGGAGCGACGUCGCGGCCCUAUGGUCGGUCGCGAGCGACAGGCUCAGCUUCAUCAAGACGGCGUACAAGCAGCAGAAAAACACUAAAGUCGUCGAGUUUCUGUCGCGGGACUUCAGCGAUCCUCGGGCACAAGCUGCAGCCGAGAAGAACGCUUACAAGCUCGUUCAGCAGCGACGCUACCAUUUGGCGCUCGCGUUUUUCAUCCUGGCGAAGAAAAUUCGAGAGGUAUGCGACCUUUGCUGCCGUCAGCUCCAGGAUGUCCAGUUGGCCCUUUUCCUCUGUCGGCUGAUUGACGCAACGCAGAGACCCUGCGGCCCGCCGCUGGGCUCGGAUCCUUUUUCCGUCUCGGCUUCGCUCUUCUGCUCUCCGAGCGUGGCGAGUGCGCACACAGUGGCGGCUUCGCCGGGCCUUCUGGGCCCUCGCGGUCUCAAGGCUUCAUCGCCGUCGGCUCUCCUGAGUCUGCCCCCGCCCUCCUCUGGUGCCCUUUCGCUUUCGCCAUCCCCGCUGCCGUCGUCCCCUCCCACACUGAGCGAGGCCGGAGGUGCGGUCGCGCACGGAGGUGCGCGAUCUCCGUCGGACGGCGCGGCGCCUCUCGCCUCGUCGUCCUCUUCCUCCUGUCCCUUGACGGAGUAUCGCCGCGUUCUGCUUCAGCGCUUGGCGCCGCUGGCCGCGGAGGCGGGCGACGUCUGGCUUCUGCAUCUGGCGCUGUGGCUCGCGGGGGACUACCAGGCGGCUCUCUUCGUGUUGCUGCCGCCCCAUCUCCCUCCGUCCUUCGCGCGGCUCGCGUCCCACGCGCAUGCGCCGCCACCGGGCGCGGGCGCGAGUCGGGGCUUUGCGGACGCGGUCUCAGUGCCCGAGGGCCGGACUCACUGCUGGCUCGCGGACGGCAGCGACGUGUCCGCGGUCGCGCCUUUUCACCCACGUCUGUUUUUCUCUGCGUGCGAAGACUCGGCUGUUGCGGUGUCUCCUUCCCACCUCUUCGAGCGGCUCCCUUCCCCUCUGGGGGCCCUCUGCCCUCCCGGGUCUGCGCAAGGGGUUCCGCCCGCGCGCCUGGGGUCCGGGCAGCCGAAGCACGCGCCGGAGGCCCACAGGCCGGUCUUCCCCUUCUUGUCUCACGUCGCCGCUGGGAGGGCGGAUGCAGGCGAGAGGCACACAGCAGCUCAUUCCGGCCCCCACGCCGACAGGUUUGACGGCGGUACCCUUCGCCACUCUCAGCUCUCGCUGAGUCUUGUCAGCUUUCGGGCGGUCGUUUUGAACACGCUACCUAUUCAGCGCCUGCGCGCGGAGCUGGAGCAGCAGCACGCGCAGCUGCAGCUCGUUCGCGAACUCUGCGCGCAGCUGCAAAGCCGCCCGGUCGCUCCAGGCUCCCAAGGCGGCAACUCACUCAGCCCCUCCGCUGCGCGACAGACUGGUCACGCGGCAGCCGCAGGCGGAGUUGACGGCGGCCACGCAGCCGCGUUGCGGCCGCCUCCAAACGGCGGCGAGCGUCUCCGGGGGGCUGGAGCCCCCCAGGCGCUCGGCGGGGGGGCGUCCCCUGUGGAGUCCCCUAGAGGCGGCAGCUUCAGCGCGCCCCGGCAGGGCAGCGGCACCUUCUCGCUGGUCUCCGCGCCUUCGUCUCUCGGCUCGUCGCCGCCGAGCGGGCCUGCUCACGGCGCGGCGCAGCCUCCGUUCCAUUUAUUUCACCACAGCAGCGCCUCGACCCUGGACGCGCUUUCGGACACGACGCGCGGCGACUACAGCGACGUCGGGACGGGCGCUGGGGGCAGCGGCACCCAACGGGGGCCCCGAGGCGAAGGCGGCGCGGGAGAGGAGGCCAGAGACGGAGAAGACGGGGAGAGAGGAAGACGUAGGGAUGCUGCGGGCGUGGGACACGGGGGGUUAGGGGCCGGCGAGCCUGCUGAGCCCGGCCUGUCGAGAGCCGGCAGCGGCUGGAGCGCCCCGCACCUGCCCAGCUCGCCUCCGGCGGCGGGUCCCACAGAGGACCUUGAUCUGAGAGUCGUGGGUCGGGCCUCUUCCGAGAGCUUCACGCCCGCCAGGGUCUCCAGAUCCGACAGGCCGGACGCGGCGGAUGGUGUUGCAUCAGGUGUGGAGCUGACUGAGGCCGCGUGCGUCGGCGAGGCGUGUCUCUGGGCUCUGAAAAACCCCUCGGCGGCGGCCGCGUGUGAGUUCUACCUCCUGACUCUGGCUUACCUGCACCAGCGGCAGGCGUUCCUUGCCUCGGUGGCGUCUGCAAGCUUCCUUGCUCUCGCGCGCGUGGGAGACGGGGGGGUGGAAGAGGAAGCCGAGAAGACGACGAGGCGCGGUCAAUGCCUUGGGGCGCGCGGCGACGAGCGGGACGCAGUCUUUGAGUGUGGCGGAAAAAGGGCGGCGGCGGCGCUGACAGGCGAGGGACAAGAGCCCCACGGCGCUGGAGAGAGGCUCAGCGACGCGACAGACAUUCGCAUGCAUUCGUUCGUCGCCAGGCGGUGGGUUCCCACGGCUCAGGCGGCCUUCGAACUCUUGUUCGCGUCGUGGGCUCCUUGUCUCACGAUGGACAGGUCGCUGCGUUCCACAGAUGCGGCGCUUCAGAUUCGCGUCCCUCUCCCUGAAGAAAUCUUCACGCAGAAGGAGGAGGCCGGCUCGCCGGCCUCGCGGUCUUCCUCCCUCUGCGAACUGACCGGCCUGAAUGUGGGGACGCUGCUGCUUCUUCCAGAGUCGCCGAUCGCCUCUCUCUUAUCGCGUCUCGCAGCGCCAGAACCUUGUCGGAGCUGCUUCCUUUGCGGCGUCUCCUCGGCACAAGUCGGGCCUUCGGCGUCGCGACGUACUGUCUCCCUCAGCCUCGCCGACGCCAUCGCCUCGUGUCUGGUCGCCUUCGUGGGCUGCCUCUGCGAAGACGCUGACUUUCUGCGUCCCGUCCUCGAUAGGGCGCUGCUCUCGUCGAGCUCUCUGGGUGCAGCCGGAGCGCGGCGGAGCGCCACGGCCUUCCCCUGCAGCCCUCGGUGUGUCUGCUGCCGCGCCGGCCUCGCAGGCCCGAGCGAGGAGGCCUCGCCUCCUGCAGCCCACGGGGCCGGGUUGGCGCCCUCUCUCGCAGCAGCCCCUGUUCCUUCUGGCGGCGACUUGGCGUCGCGGAACAGCUCUGUAGGGUCAGUCCGCGCGGCCAGCCCUAACCCAGUUCGAGCACUAGGCGUCCUGGAUGCAGUCGUUUCGCAGCUCCUGCUUUGGUCGGAUCGGCGGCGGCGGAGCUCGGCGCUCGCGGGCCUCUCCGCGGACGCCGCGGGGGGCGGCGUGCGGCGGCGCGGCCCUGCGGGGUGCAGCUGCGCAGAGAAGAGACUUCUUCAGGCGAUUCAAGCCGCGGAGAAAAUAGGCGGCGGUCGCCGCCUGACGGCCAUCGCCGCCGGGGCGAUGGCCUGGGCCGCGGGUGCCGGACCCGUCGCGGGUGCGGUGCGGGAGCAGCGGCUCCUGCGGCGCCUUUGCCAAUGCGGAGAAGGGGCGGAUGAGUCCGACGACGAGUCUGCCGAAGACUGCGGCCCGCCGCGCGGCAGGGCGACCGACGCAGCGUGCAGCGGGGCGGCCGGAGCAGCAGGCGGCACACAGCAAGAUGCCUCCGCCUCUUUUUCGUCGCUGGAGCCUCCCCUCUGGGCUCUGGCAGCGACAUUCGGGUCUCGGGUUCCGAGCUUCUUCGAGGAGGACACGCGCCAUCUCGCUUCCGGCUGCUUCCUGGCCGCGGUGCGGGCAGCCGCUCUCGGGCGCCGGGCCGCGGCGGCCGCGCGGAGACGCACCGGCACCCCUAGCGGAGGGGCGGAGACGGGCGCGAGCAGACUGGCGGUGAGCAGGCGAGGCCGUAGGGAUGCGUGGCGGCUGGCACGAUUUUGUGCCGCCGCGUGGGUGAGAAGCGAAGUCCUCCUCGACUUGAGUUGGAAUCGAGAGGUUCAGACAGUCCUUCACACCUACUUGGAUGGUGAAGACGAAGCGAGAGUGCGUGCGAGGUCGGGGCGACCGGGGGCCUCCCCCCGGAACGCGACACUGUGGGGCAUGCGCGAUGCACUGGAACGGGGAGAGGCGUUUUCCGCACGAGGGGCGACGGCGGUGCUGGCGAAGGAGCUGAUUGCCAUUUUCAGUGCGCCCGAGCGCCAGUUGUUUGAUUCUCUGGCUAUCUUCUGCUGCACCGCGGCGGCUGCAGCGUCACUCGACAUCGCUAGCGCCCUAGAGCACGCACUGCCAGUCUGCCCCCGCGCGGGAGAAGGCGUGGAGAACCGUGCUGGGGGCGCUGACGGCCUGUUUGUGUGCGCGUCUUGCAGCAGGCACAGGGAAGACCGCGCUGACUCUCACGCUCUCGGCAUGGCGCGCCCGACCUCUGCAGUUCUUUCGCUUGAGCAUCUCGAGCGCCUGCUCCAGCUGUCUGUCGUCGCUCUUGGCUGCGUCUGUCUCUGUCUCUCCGCUGCGUUCCCGUCUCUGGCUCUCUUUUUCUCGUUGCACCCGAGCACCCACACGGGCGCCCACGUCUCCUCGCCCUCCGGCGGUGGUGCCUGCGGGGGGAGUGCGUCUCAUCUCUCGGCGGACGCGCGUGUUGGACACGAGGAAAGAGCCUACCAGCGAUCUGUGAGCUCCGCAGCAGCGACUGAAGCAGCUGAGACAGACGCGGAGUCUGCUGGCGAGACCGCGAAGGCCGCUGAGGAUAAGGGCGCGCCCGAAGCCAGACACGCGCAACACGACGAUGGAGGCGACGAGGCAGCCGACCGGGAGUUCAACCCGCUGGGAACCAUUCUGCAUAUUGUGGUGUACCUUCACUGCAUUCUGAUGCAGCCGAAGAGAUCCACGUGGGUGUGUGAGCUUCGGAGACACCUGCGCGAUUUCCUGUGGCCGCGAGCGGCUUCAUGCGCUCGCAAGAACUCGGCGGCGGAAGAUGCGGAAUCUUCGCGUACUGGGAGUACGGCUGAAGAUGCGCAGGGGGUAUCGAGUCGUAGUCGCGCGAGGAGGGAGAGGGACGCGGCGAGGAGGCGAAAGUCGUCGCAUGCGUUCCCCACUUCCUCGAGUCUGCUUCAGUGCCUAGCUGCGUGCUUGAGCGUGAAGGUCUUUGAGUUUCUGCUCGACCUUCUUCGAGCGAUCGAUCGAGAAGCCCUUCGGCUGCUCCACUUCUUUCAGCUUCUGGCUCUCGCGUCCGCCUCUCCUGGCGGUGAAUCGCGCGCGGCGAGUCCGAAGGACGGAGAGUCAGAAGGAGAGAUGCCGCUUCAGGGACGAGCGGAGACAGUAGCCUUUGGCACACUUUUAAAAAUGUCUUCGUUCCCUGUUCCGCACUUGUCUCGGGCGCUUACCCCGCCGGAGACCGGCGGUGUCGCCGCCGCGGGGCACCAAGCAGCCUCUCUCCGACUCCAAGAGCGACAAAUCCGCCUUCUUCGCGGCUGGGUAGACCGUCUGUCCUUCUCGCUAUCGUCGUUUGUUUGCUCGCACCUGCGGCCUCUGCUCACGCGGGCGGCGCCGCUGUCGGCUUCUUUGCUGCUGCCUCUUCUCUGCAGCAGCGACCCCCCCAGUCUGGGGGGGGUCUCAGGGCUGGAAGCCUCUUGGGCGAGGGAGGAGACCCACGAGCCUGCGCGAAGCAGUCGGUCGUUCAUGGACAACUGCUUUGUGCUCCCCACAGGCAACACGAAGGGGCCCCUGCUGUGCCGGUCGAUCUCCGUCCUCCUCGGCCCGGACGCUGCUCAGCUGUGGAUUCUCCUUGGGUGCACCGCGCGACUUCAGUGGCUGUUUGGCCAGCUCCCCUUCCUGCCUCUUCAGCAGCCUCUGCCUCCAUCGCGGCCUGCCAGCCCCGGCGUCUCGGCGCCGUCGCACGCUGGAGGGCAGGGGACGGCGAAGGGCGGCUCCGCCACGGGCGCGGGGUCGCCUGCGCACCUAGGUGGAGGGGCCGUGGGGGAGACAUUUCAGAAGCCCGCGGCGCCUGGAGCCACCAGUCGAGCCGCGAGGCCGGACGCCCCCCUGGGGGGGGGCGAAGGGCGGGGUGUGUGGGGGAGCGCGGGCGGGCGCACAGGAAAGAAACCAGCCGUGGUGGUCGGGGGCGCGACUUCGCGGAUGCAGCUGCAGCAGCAGCUCGUGCGAGCGGGGAUUCCUCAUCUUCUCCUCAGCGAGGGGCGUCCGCAGGUUGUGCAGAAGCAGGGCGCGGGCAGCGGCCCCGCUCUCUCGCGCCUCCAGCAGCACGUGCUGGCGGAGCUCCCCUCGCUGAGACUCGCGGACGAACUCGUGGUUUCAGGCGCAGCCCCUGGCGUCCCCUGCGUUCUCGGCGGAGUCUUUCCGCCGGGGAAGAUCUGCAGCGUCGCGGCGUCGAGGCCGCGCACCAAUGCGGUUGAAGCGCUGCGGAAAACAUACGAGCACCACCUGCCAUCUUUCCUCACGCCCGAGGCCGUCGCGUUGCUUCUUGCCGAGGCAGUCGCCUCGCAGCGGCCUCACCGAAGUGCAGCCGCGGAGACCCCCGUAGGGUCCUCGAAACCCGCCGGCAACGGUGCGCCGCCGCCCUUCACGCCCCUGUCGUCGGCGCGGUCACUGCCGCGGGCCUCUCGGCCCUGGGGCACUUCCCCGGUGCCCUGGUGGAGCUCCCCGUGCUGCUGGGUGCCGAUCGCAGCGGUCCUCGGGCCUGUGACGGUUGCGUGCUGCGGGAGCAGCCACCGGCGAUACUUCCUGCCCGCAGGGGCGGCCAUCAGCACCGAUCUGGCAGUCGGCGUGGGCCCUCUGGAGGGCCUCACGGUCACUGGGGGCGCGGGAGGCGCCGCCAGCAACAGCAGCUACGCGCUGCGAACCAUUCGCAUUCCUCCCAUCCUCCUCGGCGCGUCGCCCUCCGGCGGCGGGGCCUGUACAGCUUCCCUCCUCUACGGAGCCGCCGCGGCGGUUCAUGCGGCCGCCGCCGCAACGGCCGCGGUCGCUGCCGCCGCCGAGUACCGCGGCGACCUCCUCCUGCUUGCACCUCGCAAGGGGGCACCGAAGGCAGUUUCCAACCCAGUCGAGGACGCCGAGGAACUGCCUGGGAGCCGUGAGGCAGCGGCUGGCUCGGGUUCGCCCCCUGAGGCGCCGACUGUCGGGUCGGCUGAGGGCGCGCCCGGGGCGCCGCCAGAGACCGGGCUAACAGAGCAGGUUGAUCCUGCGAGACCAGAGAACGUAAAGGAGGAGGGAGAGGCUUCGCGUCCCCGGGGGGGGCGAUUUGAAGCUUUCAAGGCCGAGGCGCGGUGGCUGCUCUCCGUGACGUCUCCCCUUAUGAGCGAGUCAAGGUGCCCCGGUGGGGCCUUCGUCGGCAUUGCGCCUCUGCGGCGGGCGACUGUCAACAGUUCUCAGCAUCUUCAGCGGCGUCUGACGCGGAUUCUCGCGCGCUACCGACAUCAUCGCUCAGAGACAGACUCAAGAUGGCCUGGGCGCCACGAGGCUUCCAAGCGAGCGCCUUCGAGUCCAGGUGGGGGUUUCCCUGCCGCUCUCGUGGAGACCUCAAGUCUCCUCAACGCGAGUUGGAGUGAAGGGUCGGUUCUCCUCUCUGUCUGGUUUGGCUACCUACUCACACGAGACACGUCCCUAUUUGCUUAUGCCCAAGUUGAUCGGAUGAGCGCGGCGAUGCGGCUCCUGGCUGUCGCCGCUGCAGCCAGUGGAGGCGCUUCGCGUUCCACGCCCCCUAGCGGGUCGGGCGCCCCAGGGCUCGCAAGCCCCGGGGCUCCUGCCGGGGGCGCGAAAGAUCUUGCUGUGUCUCUGCCGGGCUCCGGUGGGCUCGCUCAUCCGGCAGGGCACCCCAGAGCUUCUCUCGCAGCGUCUCUAGAGCCGACGUUUCCGUAUCAGGCGUUCCCGAGUCUCUCCGUUCUUCGCUCUUGCUUCUCCUUCACCGGCUCCGUCAGCGGCCAUCCAUUCCUGCCUAUUUUCGCCGCAGUCCUCCAGGCGGUAGAGCUGCAGGCGAGCCCUGCGACUGCGUUCGGCGUCAUUCUUCGUCCCUUUGGCGCGCAUGCGCGGAGUCUGCCGAAGGCUUCGAGUCCGGCGCUUCCGGAAUCGUCGCGCGAGGCGCCUUCCACAGCGUCUGGCGACGCGAACGGGCGCCAGCCCGAGCCUGCAGAAGCCCACGUGGGGGCUCGAAGCCGUCCAUCAGGCUUCGAGGCGGCAGCCCACGCAGAGAGCUCGCCUCGAGGGGAUCAGCCAGAGGAGACCGGCGCAGGGGCGAAAGCUGGGGAGGGAGACAGUCAAGCGUCGGGGCCAAGCUCGUCGGUGCUUCGCGCAGGGUCCACAGCGGCGAAUGGAUUUCUUCAGCGCGUCCAGACGACCCAGCUGCCUCGCGAGCAGGCCGACCUCUCUGAAUUUGCUCGCGGACGCAGUGCCGCAGGCAGCUUCCCCUUCGACCGCACUGCAAUUGCGGAGUUGGCAAAGGCGGCAGCCAGUUCUGGCCCGCCCGGGAGCGGGAGGGGCGCCGCGGCCUCCGCCGCGGGCGCGUCUGCGUCGUCCUCAGGGGGAGCCGCGGCCGGCUCGGCGUCGAGGGGAAGGCCCCAGGGACAACUUCAGUGCUUUGGUCGCGUUACGUGCGUCGCGUGGAGUGAAUCUGGCGACAGCCUUUUUAUGGCGGAUUCCACCGGCUGGAUUCGCGUCUACGGACUCCUUCGUGGGCCGCUUCUGCCGCCGUCCGCAGCCGUCGCGGUGGCCGCGGCGGGCGCCGAGUCGGGACCGUCGUCUCGGCUGGGCAUCGGGAGUGCGUCGUCGCGCGGCGCGGGUCACCACCACCACGUAGCGGCGCCCACGCCGGCGCAGAAGGAGGGCAUGCUGUCCGCAGCGGUGCAGCAGGUGACGCGUCCCGCGGUCGCCUGGCGAGGCCACGUUUCCACGGAGGAAGUGCUGCCGCUUCACGGCUGCGGCUCUUGGCUUCUCACGCGCGGCGUCGGUCUCUUUCCGCACGCAGUCAGACAUAAUCCUGUGCUCGUGGAGGGGUCGCCCUUCGUCUCGGGGGCAGAGGGGCCCGCGCUGGGUCUGCCGCCCGCCCACGCCAAGCCCAGGGCCGGGGCUGCGGGCGCCGCGGGUCACGCCGACUUCGUUUACAGAAGGGGCGGAGGUGGAGGGGACCGCGACGGCGGCAGGGAUUCUGCGAGGCGAAGUGUCUCUGUCGGCGUUGGGCGAGCUACCGGAGAGGGAAGGCGGCACGCCGAAGACGACGACAGCGCCUACGAGGAGGGCUCGGACGAGCCAGGCGCCAUGAGUGGAGACAGCGGGGGUGCGCUUCUGAAGCACCCUAUGCGGAUGUCUGUCCACAACGGCGCGUCCAGCACAAACAGCGCAGGCGAAGGCGGGAAUCUGGGCGCGCGUCUGGUGAUUCGCCACCCCACACCACCGGGCAGAAACCGAGCCUCGAUGGUCGUCGAACAGCUGCAUGGCCAGCAGAGGGCAGGAGGACGCGAUUCCGCGGACAGGGCCUGCGACCGCACUCGUGAGCGCAGACGCCACGGCCUCGAGGUCCCCGAGUCUCCCUCGGGGACCAGCGGAGACGCGAAGGCCUGGAGGGGCCACAACCACCAUCCGUUCUCCAUUUUCCGCCGCGGCAGAGGAAAGGGCUGCUGCGAGGCUGCGGAUGCAGCCGCCGCAGGUGGAGGCGUGACCCGCUUGCGGGCCGCGCGUUUGGCCCUGCGGAGGCGGGACUCCGGCUCAGCCGAGAUGGAGAAAGAGGGCGCAGAGGACGUGCCUCUAGGCGCCGCGAGGAGGCGGCGAUCGCUCAGGAUGCUGCCCAGCACCGCGCGGCGCCGGUUUAAGGGCACAGACAUCAUUGCGAAGAUCCAAGCGCGGCUCGCUCAGUACCAAACGCAGUUCCAGCAGCGCUACGGCAGCUCCCAGCAUCUUCCCAGAAAAGCGAGUCAGCGAGCAGCCGGCGGGGCCUGGCACGUGGAGCCCUCGAGCGGUGUUGAGGCGACGGUGUCCCCCCCCUCCUCUGUGGGUGGGGUGUCCUCGUCCGGAUAUGCGUACGCGGCCACUGCGACGAGCGGCCUCAUAGGGCCGGGCGGCUUCCAAGCGAGCCUCUCGUCUGGCUCCGCUCUCUACAGCGGCAGCCUCCGCAGCGGCGGAGGUUUGGGCCCUGAAGAAGACUCGGAGGCAGGGAGCGUCGGCGCUCUGAGCUCCACGCUGCCGCUGCAGCAGUGGACGUCAGGCGUCUUUUCGUUCGGGGGGGCGGGAGAGCAGUCUGAAGAUGAAGAAGAGCGCUUGGGCGUGCGAGACCGUCUCCUCGGCGGGGAUUUCCAGCAGAUGCCUCGCAUUUCAGGGCCGUGUAUCUGCCUGUGGGACUUAUGGGACAUCACGGCAGGCGGAGGCCCGCGCCUCGACUGCGUCAUCACCUGCGACGACCUCCUCCUCACCCGCGUCCAGCAGCAGCUCGCCAGCGCCACGGGCUCUAAAAGCUCGUUGGGCGCUCCGGGAAGCUCUAAGCGGGCCAGCAAGCUGAAGAAAGGCUCUCAAGCGGCUGGGGGCGGAGUUGAGUCGUCCGGCGAGACGUGGGAAGUCGUCGCGACGCACACGCCAACGUGCAUGGGUGUGGCUGUCUUGCAGGAUUGUCCUGAGGUGUGUUCCUGCUGCUCAGCGGCAGCCAGCGGCGGCUGCGGCUGCGCAGCUCCUGGAGCAGAGGUCUGUGGGGCCGCCUGGGCUUCAAGAGCCUGGGGCAGCGGUAGACAGGCAGAUGCCACAGCCUGUGGAGGGUCGCCGAGUGCCUGCGCGGCCGGCAGCAGCUGCCGAUGCUGCAGUUGGUGCUGCGGGUCGAUGCGGUGUGUCCUCUACGGAGACGCGGACGGGGCAGUCCACGCAGUCGACCUGUCGCUUCAGGAGGAGGUUUACCGCUGGCAAGCGCAUCCGUCCGCAGUCGUGGCCUGUCGAGUGUCGCGGCCGGCGGCGGCGUGCCCGUCGCACGUCUCCUCCAUCCCUGCGUCGUGGCUUGUGACUGCAGCCUCUGCACCGGCGGCCGAUGCGACCUUCCGCUGCUGGAGCCUCUCGGCGCUUCAAGGGGGCCCUCCUUUUCUUCUCUACGAGUUCACGUCCCCCGGUCAUGUGCCGCUGCCGCUGGGGGCAGCGGGGGCUCGCGGCCGGGCUCUCGGCGGGCUCGUCGGAACCCAGACGGCGGGGACUCUGAGGGACGAGGGUGCUGCGGCCCGGUUCGGGGGCUUGGGCGCAGGCGCCGGAUCCACGCCUGGAGUCGUCGUGGGCAGUGUGAAUUCGUGUCCCCAGGAGCGCAGAAUGCUGGGCGACGAGACGUGGCAGGGGCGCGCGGGCGACAGAAGCGACGUCGUACAGCAGGGGCAGCAACCUACGCAGUCGGUCUCGCCUUUCUCCCCCUUUGCGCCGUCGUCGGUGAAUGCCCUCGUACGCCUUCUCGGCGUUGAGGGCCGCGAAGCAAAAGCAAGUCCCGCGCCGGCGCAGGCCGAUGAGAGUGUCGCGAUGUCGCAGGUGGUGGGGCCUGCGUCGAUUCUAACUGUGCGGCAGGACGGAAUCGUCUUGUUGAAUCGGCUCUGA